GUUAUCCCUAAGGCGGAUCAAGUCAACGGUCAACAAUUUAUCCUUCUGCUCCGCCUCCGGCGCAUGUUAGUAAAAGACAACAUCAGAUCUCUAACCACACAAUUCCCCAUCCAAUCAAUCCAACUCCCAUAACUUCACCUCUCAAACCCACAACACCAAUUUCUCUUUCUCCUUCAUAUCUUUAUUUAACCUGCAGGCUGCAUCAAUAAAUUCUCAUAUAUAUUAACAUGGCACACCACGCCAACCGGAGGCGCAUUUUAGCAUCCGCAGACCCUCCUUCUCCAUCUAUGGAUCCCACAAUCAAAAAGAACCAUACCAAACCCACCAAAAACCCAGAUCAGGUAAUCCCUUCUAAACCCUUUUACAUAUCGAACCCUUUAUCUAAACUAAACCCAGUUCGUAAAAUCACUACAAUUACCCAUAAACCUUCUGUAGAUACCCAUUUGCAAGCUAAAGCUAUGGCUGUUUCGGCUGAUUUUGAUGGGUCUAGGCUUUCAAUAGUCAAACAACAAAAAAGAAUAGAGUCAAUAGUGGAAAAAGAGAAAGUCAAGAAAUUAUCAUCUAAAGGGGCUGUGGAGAAGAAGAAAGUUCAAGACUUGGUAGCGAAUAAUGGAAAGAAGAAGGAAAAUAAGGAUCUAAUCGAAGGACUUGAUAUUAAGAGGAUGACAGUUUCUUUAGGUGGUGGUGGUAGAAGGCGAUCUUUUGGUGGUUCACAAGUUGAAUUGGCUGAUUUUUUGGCUAAUAACGGUGCUAAAAUUGUUUCAGUUGAUAUGCCAUCAUUUAUGCAGAUCCAUGCUGUUGAUUGUGCAAGAAAUACUCAUGAUAGUCUGGAAAAGUUCACCUCUAAGACUCUUGCGCUUACUCUUAAGAAGGAGUUUGAUGCGGUUUAUGGACCGGCAUGGCACUGCAUUGUAGGGACAAGUUUUGGAUCUUUUGUCACACAUUCAGUUGGGGGUUUUCUGUAUUUCUCAUUGGAUCAAAAGUUGUACGUUCUCUUGUUUAAAACUACAGUACAAAGAGCAGAGUAAAGUGGAAAAAAAAAAAAAAAUCAUUGAACUUUGAUGACUUGAAGUUGAAGCAUUUCUAGAAUGGAUAGGUUAGUUAAAGCUAAAAGAUAAAAAGCAAAUUUUUUGUACCCUUUUGCAGCUUGUAUAUUGAUUUUGCUUAGGCAUUAAAGCAGCAUAUGAAAUGGAACUUCAUCUUUUCUCCUGUUCAAGGACCACUUUUUUUUUUU